CAUCUUCCCACGGGCAAGGUGAGAGAGAUGUCUUCUCCCUACGAGGUUGAAGAGUGUCGUGGGGUUCUUCGAGUUUACAGUGACGGCUCCAUAGUCCGCUCCUCUCAGCCUAGCUUCGCCGUCCCUGUACACGAUGAUGGGUCUGUCCUGUGGAAGGACGUCCUUUUUGACCCACAGCACGACCUUCAGCUCCGGCUCUACAAGCCGGCUUCCCCUUCCGCCAAGCUUCCCAUAUUCUAUUACAUACAUGGAGGCGGCUUCUGCAUUGGCUCCCGCACAUGGCCCAACUGCCAAAACUACUGUUUCCGCCUUGCGUCUGAGCUUCAAGCGGUUGUUAUCUCACCUGACUAUCGACUCGCUCCUGAGAAUCGGCUACCGGCUGCCAUCGAGGAUGGGUACAAGGCUGUGAAGUGGCUCCAAGUUCAAGCUUUGGCUGAGAACCCUGAUACCUGGUUAACCGAGGUAGCCGAUUUUGGGCGAGUUUUCAUUUCUGGAGACUCGGCAGGAGGUAACAUCGCCCAUCACUUGGCGGUUCAGCUGGGAUCGUUGGAGUUGGCGCCGGUUGGGGUGAGAGGUUAUGUGCUGUUGGCCCCAUUUUUUGGUGGGACAGUGAGGACCAAGUCGGAGGCUGAGGGACCUAAAGACGCCUUUCUGAAUCUGGAGCUCAUUGACAGGUUCUGGAGGUUAUCUAUACCUAUUGGUGAUACCACUGACAAUCCAUUGGUGAACCCGUUUGGGCCUCUUAGCCCCAGCCUUGAACCAGUGGAUCUCCUCCCCAUUCUAGUGGUUGCUGGGGGAAGUGAUCUUUUGAAAGACCGGGCUGAGGAUUAUGCAAAGAGGCUCAAACAGUGGGGAAAGAAGAUCGAGUACGUUGAAUUUGAAGGGCAACAGCACGGAUUCUUCACUAUUUCUCCUACCUCGGAGGCUGCAAAUAAGUUGAUGUUGAUCAUUAAACGAUUCGUAAUUGAAAAUUCUAAUUAAUGUGGCACUACGUGAUGUAGUGAUUGUAAGUCCCACUUCAAAUAUAAUUAAUAAAUAUUUGAAUGUUAUUUAA